GCUCGGGGCGCGCUUUCCCCUUCCCGGGCUCUCCGAGCGAGCAUCCCGCGAACGAGGAGCCGCCGUCGGAGGAGAAAAGGCCGAAGAAGCCGCCCUGCCGGGCCUGUACGGACUUCAGGAGCUGGAUGCGGGAGCAGAAGAAGCAGGCGGGGCCGGAAACAAGUGUCCAGGAAUCAACAUCUAAUUGCCCCCUAGACAGAGAAGAACUAGGGAGAUGUUCAUGGUCAUUUCUACACACGAUGGCAGCAUUUUAUCCUGACCGGCCCAGUAAAAUUCAGCAGCAAGAAAUGAUACAGUUUAUCCAAUUAUUUUCUAAAGUUUUUCCUUGUGAUGAAUGUGGAGAAGAUUUCAGGAAUAGAAUACGAAAAAAUCAACCUGAUGCCAGCAACAGACGCGAUUUGACACAGUGGUUUUGCCGGAUUCAUAAUGAAGUAAAUAAGAAACUGGGAAAGCCUGAAUUUGACUGCUCUCUUGUAGACCAACGAUGGCGAGAUGGAUGGAAAGAUGGAUCCUGUGAUUAGAUCUUCUGGAUAUUUUUCCAACUUGAUUAAAAAA